UGCAAGGACCGAUGUCUUUUGUACUAUAAACGAUAUUUCUUAUUGUACUAUGCGUGAAUAAUUUCAUGUAUGUUCGAGAGACAAAAAGAAUUGUAAAUUGUUUAAUAAAGAAAACUUUUGUCAUGGUUUAUACGAGAGGAGAGUAAGAAAAAGAUGAAACGAGAGAAAAAGACAGAGGCAUGUAUACUUGAACUUUGUACCUUCGAUAAGGGUACUCGUUCGCAAAACUUCUUCGUAACUAAUGUUUAACCAUCCAUAAACAAAAAGUAAACUCAGCGAUGUAAAACGUAACAUAAACGGACGCUAAUCAAACUUAUGGGAAAGCCAAUGUGUUAAAAUGCGACACCAAACAUUAAUCGGAAAUGGAAGAUGAUAACACCGAGUCGUAAAUACUCGUUAUCGUCAAAAUGCAUUUUGUAUUGCAUUCCAAAGUAUUCGAUGACAUUCAUCAAGGCAUGUACCGUUCGAUAAAAUCUAUUCAAUUCAAUAAUUUACAUUUUAAGAUAUAUAAUAGCAUUUUAUUUUUGUCUAAACGUAGAUUAUUCUAAUAUCAAAAGUAUAACCGUGAAACACAUUUGAAUUAAUUAUAUAUUCAAUUGAUUUUUAUUUGCAAUAAUUUCUCUACGACUCGUAUGGAUUCGUCUACCGUUAUAUAUUUCAUUCAAAAAUUUAACGAAUCUUGAUAUUAUAAAAUAGUACGAUAAAUCUCGAUAGAUGAAUUAAUAAUACAUAAAUUUUAAUUGAUUCAAUAAUUUCUUAAUUCGAUUUAUAUCUUAAUAGGAAAGUUCCCUAUCGCAUAAAUUUCUCAAUUAUCUACAAUGUGAUUCACACUUCUACUGUCAUUAUAAUUACGUAUUCUAUGAAUAAAGGAAAAAAGAGAGAGAGAGAGAGAGAGAGAGAGAGAGGAACAAAGAAAUAAAAAAAAAAAAGAAAAGAUUGAUAAGAGAUGAGGAAUGAGAUGAGACUGAUGGAUAUAAUUUAUUUUUUAAAGUUACAUCUCGAACGAGUCACACAAAUAAUCAGUUUUAUUGAAUAAUGUUGCGAAAGAAAGAGAAGUGGGAAAAUAAGAGAGAGAGAGAGAGAGAGAGAGAGAGAGAAAUAAAACAAGAGGAAAAACGUUCUUCGAGAAGCUUGACGAGCUCCGCGAUAAAUACAUGUGCAUAAAAUAUAUAUACACACAUAAGAGGUAAAUAGAAUAGUACAUAUAAUAGAAUAAAAAUGUAAGGACGUCGAUGAUUCACAAAGCAUGCACUUUAAUUAUUGUCGUCAGUGCCGAACGAUAUAUCGAAGAAGAUGCAUCGUAUGGCAAGGCUUUUCUUCACGAGUUUUCUCUUUUUCGUUGAAAACACAGCCACACCAACAUCACCAUCACUAUCGAUAAGACCAUCAACGAAAUGGAACGACUAUCAUCGGAUAGAUCUGCCAAAGAAAUGUUGUAUCGAGGGUUAUCUCUUCGACGAGGAGCUGACGUGCGUGAAGGUCAUCGAGGAUAAUCAUUUUUCGAAGGAAAUGGAGACGGAAAUACGUGCUCAUGGGUUCUCAUGCGAGAAGAACGUUGCAAUGUUGAUGGAACGUGGUCCAAACGAUUCCUGGACUUACACGACGAUCGACGUCCCAAAUGAUUAUUGUCUCGAAACGAUGACGAAUGGGAGCCAAGUGUUGGCCAAGUGUCCGGAUUUAUUAAAGAUUCAUGAAAAUACGUCAACUACGUCGAUCUUAUCAACCACGACAAUGAGAAUUAAUAACGAGAGUAUUGAGACUACGAUGAUAUGCGAUAACAAGAAUCGUACGAAAAAAUUAGAAGCCAUAUUUUGGGGUGCAAAAACUUAUAUGCUGACGAACAUAGCCCAUAUGAUACUUUGCAUCGUCGUCGUAGUAACAUAUUUGUCCGUAUCUGAAUUACGUAAAGGUGUCUACAAUCGUGCAGUUCUUCGACACAACAUAUCCUUGUUGGGAUUGGGUUGUAUACUAACGUUUCUGAGUUACUGUCAGUACUCCUUGGACGAUAACCUGACCAUCCUACUUUGGCUUCUUCUACAAUAUUUCACCCUGGCGACGGUAUUCUGGCUGAACGUGAUCUGCUUCGACAUGACCCUCUCUAUCACAAGAUUCCGUUGGACGGUUGGACUCGGUGCUAACAACGAGAGAGACAAAUACAGGAGAUUGCUUCUAUACGGUGUUUUCGCUUGGGGUGGUGCGCUUCUACCAACGGUCGUUGCUGGCAUCUUCGAAUACACACCAGGAAUACCAAAGAACUUCCCGUUGAAGCCCAAUUACGUUCGGUAUUGCUUGGGCCCAAACCCAACGGCUUUAUCUAUUGAUGGGUGCACCCUGGUUCUUUGGGACUCUCUUUGCAUGUUUCAACAAACUCGUCAUCCUAAAGAUCUGUCGUCUAAUCCAGCCCAUACUAUGGCUCUUCAUGUUAUUAACACGGAAGAAUAUCAGACAAAAGAUAGCUGA